AUGUCUGUAAUCAGUCAACAUGUCAUCUUCAUCAACAGUUACAAGUACAUUGAACCCCCAGAUGGCCUGUGGGGAGAAGUGGAAGAAAACGGCAGUUGGACGGGCAUAGUGGGUAUGCUUCAGAGAGAGGAGGCGGACUUAUGCUCUGUUCCAUAUGCCAUGAACAUUGAACGUGCAAAAGUGAUGGAGUUCACUUAUCCCAUACUUACAGAAUACUCAACGGUUAUUUACAAAAAGAUGGACGAUAAAAACAAGACAUGGAAGGUGUUGAUUUCUUGUUUCAAAUGGGAGGUCUACAUUGUUGGUGGUAUUGUGCUGCUCAUCAUCGGGCUAAUGUAUGGCUGUCUGAUUAAGUCAACUCCUAAUCCGUGUAAAGAAGUGGAAAUAAUGAGAAAGUCCGUUUACUAUAAUGGUAUCACCAUGGCAAUAUCGCCUCCACUGUGUGAAGCCACAGUGGACGUACCCGUGUUUGACUCUGGACGAAUGCUGUUCAGCUGUUGGUGGUUGUUCUGCCUCAUCAUGACAGCUAUCUACAGAUGUAACCUAAUGACCUUCCUCACUGUCAGUCGAACAGUCGUCCCAUUCAGCAGUUUGGAGGAAUUGGCAAACCAAGAUGUCUUUGACGUCGGGGCACCUGUUGGGAGUUAUGUUAGCUUAGCCAUAGAGCACGAUAAUGCGAGGCCUCACACGGCAAGGCUGACCCAGAACUUCCUAGCAAACGCCAACAUUCACGUUUUACCAUGGCCAGCAUGUUCACCGGACAUGAACCCAAUCGAACACAUGUGGGAAAUUCUCGGCCGCAAAGUCAGGAAUCGCCCUGUGCCUCCAGUUGACUUCCAGGAAUUGGAACAAUGCCUCCUCCAAGAAUGGCAACACAUCCCCGCCAACGUCAUCAGACGUCUGACGUCAUCAGCCCGUAGACGUGUACUAGCGUGUAUUGACGCUCACGGAGGACAUACCCGGUACUAA